AUGGCCGACCAAAGCGACCCAUUCGCCCCAGGCAGCGUGGGCAGCGGGCACAGCAGACGACAAGCCGCCAUCCUUGAUCGUUUCCUGCCAGAUGGCUACUCGGCCGACCCCGAGGCUAGCUUGGGUGCGGAGCCCACGGAGCGGCUAUCUCCCGUACAGUCACCGCUUGCACUCGAGGACCAGCCGCAGCCCGUGUCCGCUGUAGCCUCUAGCAUUGAUGCCGGUGGCGAGGACCAGUCGGCCGCCGGUGGCGAGCCUGCCGAGUCCUCAUUGAAGCUACAGGGGGGUGACAUUCACCGCGAUAUGUACAAGAUCAAGGCUCGCGCCAACUCGCUUCGUCGAGCUGCCACCUUCUCUCACCAGCCGUCCCCCAGACUCCACCCGGCCGACGAGCUCUCUUACCCGGAGCAGCGGGAACCUGGUGGGUUCCGGCGCCAGCACCUGCAGCGUCGGGCCCGGCAAAGACGCCUCAGCGGGCCGCUCGUCGUAGCCAAGAACUUUGUUGACUUCCUCGAGCUCUACGGCAGUUUCGCCGGCGAGGAUCUGGAGGAUGCUGACACGUCCGAGGAUGAAUCAGCCAUCGACGAGCGCGAGGAUGGUGGGGACGGCGAGCGGCGCCCUCUCCUUCCUCGCCCAUCGCUGGGUCACCGCAGGAGCUCCCGGCGCCAAGGCCGAGCCGGAGAUGCCAGCACCGUGAAGACUUUCUUCACUCUUUUGAAGGCAUUCAUAGGCACAGGAAUUAUGUUCCUUCCAAAGGCUUUCCGCAACGGCGGGAUACUUUUCUCCUCGCUUACGCUCGUCAUUGUCUCACUCAUCAACUGCGUUUGUUUUCGUCUACUGCUCGACUGUCGCCAGAAGUACGGUGGAGGAUAUGGCGAGUUGGGCGCGGCCAUCGUCGGGCCCCGAUUCCGCGGCCUCGUCCUCGCUUCCAUCGCCUUGUCCCAGCUCGGCUUCGUCUGCGCCGGUCUCAUCUUCACCGCGGAAAAUCUGUGGGCCUUCCUGGAUGCGGUGACUCAAGGCCGGCACGGCCCAGGUCUGGGUGUGCCCGGUCUCAUUGCUCUGCAGCUCGUGCCCCUCGUCCCCUUGGCACUCAUUCGAAACAUUUCGAAGCUGGGCCUCGUGGCUCUGCUGGCGGAUGUGUUUAUCCUGGUAGGACUUGUCUACAUUUGGUACUUCGAUAUCUCGACGCUGGCUCGAAGCGGAAUGGAGCCGUCGGUUCGUUUGUUCAACCCUUCCGACUUCACCCUGACCAUUGGCUCAGCCAUCUUCACGUUCGAGGGCAUCGGCCUCAUCCUGCCGAUCCAGUCGAGCAUGAAGAAGCCCCAGCACUUCGGGCCUCUCCUUUACUUUGUCAUGUUCCUUAUUACAAUCAUUUUCACAUCCGUCGGCGCCUUGUGCUACGCCACCUUUGGAGAGCGGACCAAGAUCCAGGUCAUCUCAAAUUUUCCUCAAGAUUCAGCUCUGGUCAAUGCCGUGCAGUUUCUGUACUCGCUGGCCGUCCUUGGGGGAGAGCCUGUGCAGCUCUUCCCUGCUGUGCGCAUCAUUGAGACGUCCUUGUUUGGCGAGCGGGCAACUGGCAAGAAGAGCACCGCCAUCAAGUGGAAAAAGAAUGCCAUUCGGGCAGCGGUAAUGGCCCUAUGCGUUGCCAUCGGCAUGGUCGGUGCCACGGACCUGGACAAGUUCGUGGCGCUCAUUGGUAGCUUCGCCUGCGUUCCGCUGGUUUACAUAUACCCUGCGUAUCUGCACUACAAAGGUGCAGCAGAGUCAAGCUCGGCCAAGGCUCUGGACGUGGCUCUGAUGGUGCUAGGCAUCAUAGCCAUGGUCUACACUACUGCGGUUACCGUCUUCCAGUGGAUAUCGAACUAG